ACCGUUCGCCCACAUUCCUUGCUCCAACCUCCAUCUUGGACAUUCAGCGCUUCGACCGCGUUCGCCUAGAUUGCAAGCAUACGACUCAAGCUUGUCUUUCAUCAACUCAGUGCAUAACAGUUGGCAAGAAAAGUCGAAAUACAGCCUUUUCAGCCGCGCCGCAUUCUCCCCUUUGAGAGAUACAGCCAAUCGCACUCAUGUCCACUGCCCGCCCCUCGUCUACUGUGCCGCCAGGCAAGAAAAAGGCGCCGUACCCGUUUUACCUGGGCGGCUUGGCGGCCUGCAGCGCUGCGACCAUCACGCAUCCGCUCGACCAGAGCAAAUACCGCUUACAGACCGCCACAAAGAAAGUCGGUCUCGUCUCAACGGUCGCCAAGACGGCCAGUGAAGAAGGCAUCCCUGGUCUAUGGAAAGGAUUGACUGCUACUCUUCUAAGACAGUUUACUUACUCCAUCACGCGCUUUGCCGUAUAUGAGGAUAUGAAAGCGCGACUCGCGCCGCCCGGCAAGGCGGCACAGCCCUCGCAACUAGCCCUCGCCGCCGCCACGGCCGGUGCUGUUGCCGGUGUGAUUGGCAACCCUGCAGAGAUCGUCUUAGUGCGCACAUGCUCGGAUCUGAACAAACCACUGGCGGAGCGCUACGCCUACCGCAACUGCAUCGAUGGUCUCAUCCGCAUCGUCAGGGACGAGGGCGCCAGCACGCUCUUCAGGGGUCUGGCGCCGAACAUCGUGCGAAGCAUGGUGCUCAACAUUUGCCAGCUCGCCUCGUACGACACAUUCAAGGCUGCAUUGAUGACUAGCGCCGGACUACAGGACGGGCCCGUCCUGCACUUCGCCGCGGGCUUCUGUGCUGGAACGUUCGCGACGACCAUGUGCACACCCGUCGACGUCGUCAAGAGCAGGGUGCAGAACGCGGCCAAGGGCGCCGAUAGCAGCGUCAUGGCUGUUAUUCGGACUUCGCUAGCAAAAGAUGGCCCGAUGGUCUUCAUGCGUGGUUGGACCCCCGCAUGGCUGAGGCUGCAACCGCAGACGACGCUGCUCUUCCUCUUCUUUGAGCGCUUCAAGGUGAGUGUAAGCGCCAUGCGGCUGCCUGCAAUCGCAGGCGAAGGCGGAGUUUUGGGCUGAUGUACGCCAUUUCCUGCAUUGCGCUCCGGUGACCAGAAAAUCAUGGACGCUUCGCGCGAGAAACACGGGACCCUGUAUGUCGAUGCGUAGGACUGCUGGCGUGCU